CCAACAAUUUCUUCCUUUUCCCCCUUUCCCUUCUGUUCCUCCCUGUACUCUCAAUCUCUCCAUCUUCAGCCUCCGAUUGAUGACAACGAAGCCUCUCUGGAAGACGGACACCAACACCGGAAAGGUCAGGAGGGUAGAGCUCCGGCGAGCCAAAGGAGCGAUUACUUGAACGCAGAUCCGUUUCUAUUUUUUGGUCGUCUGAAAAAGAAAAUAGAAGCGAAGGAUAAGGCUGCCUUCCUGACUAUCACAUGGAUAUCCUUGUCGUUCCUACAUUCACCAUCGACGUUUCGCCUCCUCAGGCAGCGGCGGCUUACUCCCUCUCCCAGCCGUAGACCCAGCAGUUAUUUCUGAAGCAUAGGGUUUCGUCCGUUGUGGAGGGAGAAGAAGACGAGGAUGGGUUAGUGGGUUCGAUCUCGAUCUCCAACCGCAGUCGUUUUGGCCUUCCGAUGGCUAGAUCUGGGAAAUCGCUCGAAGAUUCUUCCGAUAGCUCGUCUUCAUCCGUCGACGCUCCCGACGACAGCGACGAGGAAGAGGAAGACGACGGAGAGAGCAAUAGCAGCAGCGGUGCCUCGUCGUCUAUGAAGAAAGGCCUCGACUCUCUCGGCUCCAUGGACGCCCUGGAGGACUCUCUCCCCACAAAGAAGGGAUUGUCGAAUUACUUCGCCGGGAAAUCGAAGUCGUUCGCGAGCUUGUCCGAUGCGUGCUUGGCGGUGAGCCAAGCGAAGGAUCUGGAGAAGCCGAAGCACCCGUUCAACAAGCGGAUGAGAAUUCUGAUGGCGAACAAGUGGUCGAGGAGAUCGUCGUUCUACAGCUGGCAUAACCCUAAAUCCAUGCCGCUGCUCACCUUGAACGAAGACGACGACGAAAGCGGAGACCACAAUCGCCGCCGGAGAACGAAGAAGACGACGAAGAGGAAGAAGACCGCCGUGAAAGCCUCUCGUCGUCCUCGUCCUCGGAUAAGGAUGAAGAGGAUGAGAGAACGAGUUGUUGUCGUCUGUCAUUUACAAUUCAGGGGGGUUGGGUCUCGGGUUUGGGUUUAGGGUCAAUUAAUUGGGUUGGUUCGCGGGUUUGGGCAAGAAUGGCUGACUGGGCGGGUAAGGGUGAGCUGGCGGGUCGGAUCGGGUCGUCGUUUUUUAAUGUUUAAAUGUGCUGACUGUGUCUUUCUGUUAGCCACGUCAUCACUUAACGGUCGUCAUUAACGGAGGUUAACGGAGAGUGACCGAACUUGGACUGUUCAACUAAUUCGAGUGACUAUAAAUGGAAUAAAUCAAUUCGGGUGGCAAACGUGAAAUUUUUAAGCAAUUCGGGUGACGAAACUUACAAUUAAGCCCCCGGAGAAUAGAAACUUGAUGCGAAAUACCUGUUUUCUCAUCAUUGUCACGCCAAAAGAAAAGGAAGUUUAUGUGGUUCUUCUGUACAUGUCUAUACAGAUAGAUCGGGUUCGAUGUUUCAGACCAAAAGUAUUUUUUCAUGAUGCAGCCAAGUCACAAGUUCAUCGGUCAAAAGUGUUUGUUUCACACUUUAUAUCCACAAAAUAUAAUUACAAACUUCCAACAUUGAUAGGAGUAGCCUAGGACAACUAUUAGAGGUAAGAGAUGAUGUAAAACAUUGUGGCUCAAAAGAAAAAGGGCGAAGUAAAAGAAUGAUGGUGUCCACAAAUUAUGAUAGGUGGCAGGAUGUAGUAAACGGUGGAACUUUGAGCUAUAUCAUCGAAAUCUAAAUUAAAUUUUUUGGUCGAAAGUGAAUGACCUCUUUUAUACAAGACCUACAUGUAUAAUACUUUCGCAACUCUUAUAACUACUUGGAAAUUUCAUAAAAGGCAAAUUACUCUUUAAUUCGAUCUCUCCCGUGGCUUAAUGUUAUCACAUAUUCCUCACUUAGUCAUCUCGUCUCUGAAAUAGGAAUAUAAAAUCUUGAUCUAGUGAUGGAAAUGGAAAUGUACUAGUGCAAAAUGGAAUCUCUAAGUAGCAAGAACAUAGAGAUAGUUUCAACACUUCACAUCUCCUACAGCUACUUUUUAAGUUUCUAUGCGAUAAUUUUUUUUCAAAAAGCAACUAUUACAAAUUGAACACUUCAAGCCAACUUGCGGAAAAGUAAGUUCCGUGAUGGACACUAAGGGCACAAUUAGUCUCGCAACAUGAUGAUGUUUUGGGUUUAGGGCGCUCUUUGUUUAUGCCAAAUUCUUCGUCUUGGGUCCAGCAUUGCAUUUUGUUCUUUAAUUAUGAAACCUGGAAAAGUGUCCAUCGAGAGAAAAGAAGUCUUGUUUUCUUAAAGGAAACUAUAGGUAUCUCCUACCCAUAAUUUAGUAGUUAUAUUACAGAUUUUUUUAGUUUCCACAUCAAUCAAAUGUUAGGAUGUAUAUCAAUAUGAACCAUCUAUCGUGCUCAACUUGGCAUGGGAAAGUAAAUAAAUCAAAUAUUAUCUGUUAGGCCCGACGAACCUGGACCAAGUCCAACUAACAGUCAAAGUGUGCCCAGUUGUCCAAACUUGAGAACCAACCUGACAUCCGCCCAAAAGGGCCCACGGAGCGAUUGAACCCAAGCAUAACUACUGAGGGACAAUGGUAACUCGAGAUAGCUUUCAAAAUCGGAAGGAAAGCAAGGCUGGCUCCUCUGCUGAUGCUUAGCCACUUCGAGAAAAUAAGGACAUUGAGACCACUUAAGAGAACAAUCAGAAAUACAACAAAUAGGUGUGCGGCUGAACGUUUAUUUAGUUCGCCACAACGCCUUAAUAUGACUUGAUGUGUUCGAACAAAGCAUUAAUAAUAAU